UUUUAAUGAAUACUUAUGUUUGUUACACGUCUAGGAAUUGAUUUGCUUGCUGGUAUAAUUCCUGAAUUGUGCAUGAAGUAUCCCAAUUUGCAUUUUCUCAUUGGUGGUGAGGGACCCAAACGAAUUGUAUUGGAAGAAGUCAGGGAAAAAUACCAGCUUCAUGAGAGAGUACGUCUUUUGGGCGCUCUUGAGCAUAAAGACGUGAGAAACGUUUUGGUGCAGGGCCACAUUUUCCUCAACACUUCUCUGACUGAAGCCUUUUGUAUGGCAAUAGUUGAGGGAGCAAGUUGUGGUCUCCAGGUUGUCAGCACCAAAGUUGGUGGAGUGCCAGAGGUUCUGCCUGACGAUCUUAUCAUUUUAUGUGAGCCCACUGUUAAGUCACUUUGUGAAGGAUUGGAAGCAGCCAUUACUAAGCAUCACCAAGGGGUACUGCCAUCAGCCGAAACAAUCCACAACAGAGUAAAGAAUUUGUACACCUGGAGGAAUGUGGCUGAACGGACUGAAAAGGUUUAUGAUCGUGUGGCCAAAGAGGGGAUACUGUCGAUGAACAAACGACUGUACAGAUUGAUGACCCACUGUGGUCCUGUGGCUGGUUGCAUUUUUGCUUUAGUUGCUGUUUUGGACUUUCUUUUCUUGUUGCUUUUGAGAUAUAUAGUUCCAGAUGCUAUGAUUGACAUUGCUGUAGAUGCCACAGGUGUAAAUGGAGCUUGGAAGCAACAAGCGGGACAGUCAACUGUUGAGAAGAUUAGGAAAACUCUGCCUUUCUCUGAAGAGAAUGACUGUAGUGCACAAACCUGAUGCCUUGAUUUUAUAGUAGCUUUUGAACUCAUGAUUUGAAUCCUUGAGGAUUAUCAAAUUUUAUCAGGUUUUUCUGUUUUGUAUGACAGUGACUUCAUCUCAUUAUUUUGUUACCUUAAGUAGCCAUUAUAAACUUUAACUGCAUAUAAUCAGAAUAUGACUAAUAUGGAUAAAAUCUUAAUAGAUAUAAAAGUUAAA